AUGGGCCAGUGCUUGGAGGCAUCCCGUGGUGGCACUGUGGUUGAGGGCCAGAAUGGACUGGAGCGGCGGGCAGUCGUGGACUUCCAGCCUCCUCGCAGUGUUCGCGGAGAAAUCCUUGAAGAAGGGGAGGAAGGCUGGGAGAAACUGCCUGGCGGCGAUCGCAUGGCGUUAGAGCUGGAGCCUGAAGAUCCCGGCGAAUGUUGGGGAGUGUGGCUCUUUGCUGGAGGGCGGUUUGCGAGGAUCCUGGGCCCGCCGAUCGGAUGCUCGGCUUCUUCAAUCGCCAGCACCUGCUGCCGAAGUCUGGCAAUUCUGCGCAGGCUCUCUGGUCCGAAGGCAAACCUUCAAGUCGAGCGCUUCAAGGCGGAUGUGGGUGAGGUCACUCGAUGUGGAUACCUUCAGCAGAUGCUCCCACAAGGCCCGGUGCCCUGCUUCGACAAGGAUGACGCAGCUCGCACUGGCAGCAUACAAGUGGAGGAUGGAGUUGUUCUCCACAAGCUGCCCAGCGGAACUGUGCAGAGAUGGAAGAUCCACGAGAUGACGUUCAAUCCAUUUGGAGAGGAGCUGUCGAAUCGAGUGGGGCAGGUGGCGGAGGAGGUGCUGGCAGUUGGCUCCAAAGUUCAGUACUGGAGCACCACCGUCGAGCGCUGGGUCUCCGCGACGGUCCUUGCGCGCAACGAGGAUGGCAGCUACCGCCUGGACAUCAAGAAACGUGCCCCCAGGCAAUUUAUCAAAGAGGAAGCCGCAACUGAGGAAAGCAAAGUCGCAAAGCCCACAAGGCAGCCAAAGCAACCAGCUCCCUCCACUGUGCCGAAUGGACAGGGAGGUGGGUCCGCUUGCCCGAAGCCGAAGGAGUCUAAAGAGGAGGGGAAGAAAGAGGGGAAGAAAGAGGCCAUCAAGGCCUUCAAGGAGGCCUUCGCGCCCAAGCUUCGCAGAGCUCCGAGUCCGAGCUCGUCUCCUGUUGAGACGAAGAAGUUGAAGGAGGGGAAGGAGGAGAAGAAGAAGGAGAAGGCGAAGAUGACGAGGAAUACAUCGAAGACGUUAAGGAAUGCAAAGAAUACGGAGAAGAGCAAGGAGAAGAGGAAGAAAAGGCCGAAGAGCAGCUCCAGUGCCUCAAGUGCUCAGCACAGUAAGAAGCCAAAAGGCUCCGCCAAGCAUUCAAAGUCGACAGACAGCGAGGACAGCGAAGGCAGCGAGGACUCCUCUGAGAGCGAAAGCCAAGAUGCACGGAGCCGACGGGAGUCUUCAACUUCAAGCUCAGCCGACUCCGCCUCGUCAUGA